UCUGAAAUAUUCAUGUAUAUAUAUUUCUGAAAAUUAUUUUCUGCUAGCAAUUUCUGGCGCCUUCGUGCAACCGUAGUUUUUGAUGUGUCAUCGUAGAAGUACUGUCAGCAGCAGUAGUUAGAAAGUGUUUUAGUAGUGGAAGCUUCAGCGGCGGACUGAGACGAACUGCCAGCAAGAAUAAGGAUGGAUACCGGAUAAAAGACUUAAAGACUACUCGUUUUUCGCAGAAUCGGCACCAUUGGACUAAAACCUUCACUACAAAGAAGAAACUGGAUUAUCUUUUAUUUUUCCUGUUCGUCAAUCUUGGAAUUUUUGGUACACUGGAAGAAUUAAAAGUUGCUCGAAAGAUCUGAUGUGCUGAAAACAAACUACUAAAAAAAAAAAAAAAAAAGAGAAAAAAGAAAAAAAUCAACCUCCCCGAGAAAGAAACAGAAGCUAAAGGCAAGCACAGUAGUAUAUAUAUAUAUAUUAGGGAGAGAGAGAGAGAGAGAGAGAGAUAACAAAAACAGGAGAUACCCGAAGAAUUUUGUUUCUCUAUUUCUCUAGCAUCGUCCUCAUAUUGUGAUAUUGUGUAUGUCUAUAUAUACACACACACAUACAUUCAUAUAUACAUACUCACACAUACACUUAAGUAUUGAUGCUGUGAUGCUGCUACUAUGACUAACAGUUAACUUUUAAACGGCACAUCAUUCACAUGUAUACAUAUACACAGUCACACGUGAUACUCGCUCAUAAACUUAUCUCUAUGUGUUUAUACAGAGAUCUAGCUUAAUAUAUAUAUAUAUAUAUAUAUAGUGAAUAUGUCGCCAAGAAUGUGUGCAAGAAAGUUAGUGGCGCACUUGGUCGGAUGCUACAGCCGCUGAUAAACGAACGGCUUAGUAGGGGGGUGAAAACGAAGCACCGAUCCUGAUAGUGUUGUUUCGGGGGGAGGGGAAGUUUCAGUUAGAAUUUUGGUGACUUCGCAGAAAUUAUAUCAUGAUGUGUGUGUAGAAAGUGUGAUAAUGAAGUGUUAGGAAAUUGUUGUUCCACGAUCUCGUCGAAGACGAGUGGAAGAGUGAAUGAAAGAGUAGGAAUAAAGUGGGGGAAUAUAUCGCUCAAAGAAAACAAUAAGAAAACAGUCAUCUAUACGAACAACAUUUAACAAUUGUAAUACAUUUCUCUGGGAACGAAACGAAAGAUAUAAGAGGGAAAGGGUUUUCUUUUUGUCCCUUUGGUCAGGAUCGGAAGUAAGUUACAAUAAAUAAUUGGUUAGUGAAAGGGUUACUCAGCUUGCUUGUGUGUGUGCAUAUACAUAGAGUUUUGUUUUACAAUUUCUUUAGAGUUCGUUGUUUGUCGCCUGCUUCAGUACCAUGUAUUCUUCGAAUGUAUCUCGGUCAACAGGGAGGUUGGACUCCAUGACCAACUCCCUACCUAAUUCUCGCAGUGGUCACCAUUAUUCUUCGUUAUCGUCUCCAUCCAAGUCUUCUAAUGGCUCACUGAUUGAGCAUCGUAAGCACAGCGGAGGGACCAGCGGUACUUCAUCUGUCUCGUCCAAAUUAUUGUCUCCGCGCCGAAGUAGGUCCAGCGGAACGGAUAGUAGUAGCCAAGGUAGCCGUUCCAGCAGCCCCCUAGACAUGUCCACAGACAGCAUUCAGUCUGUAAAUUCAGCAUACAACCUGAGCCAAUCUUAUGUCCUAGAUGGGCACACAAGUCCGAUUCCUUCCCUCUAUGACAGCCGUUCCAGUAGCAUGACUAGUGUAAGAAGCUUUAUGCGAGAUCGGUCUUUAGAAAGAAAUAGCGAUAUUGAGAGAAUGUCCUCUUCAGGUAUUUAUUCAGAUGGUCGAUCACAAUCAUCCGAAACCAAUAGGUAUCCAACGUUGGGCACUGGCGGUCGAGAUCACCGCGAUUUGGCCCCCACCAGCUCUGGUAGUGUCCGAGAACGCCGCCCUAGUUACCAACUCUCCUCUUCGUCAUCUCGUGAUCGUUCUUUAGACAGGGAGUAUCCUCACAUGGGAGCUAGGUCCUUGGAAAGGGACUAUGCUUUCCAUCACAACCGCAAUCGAAGUUUUGAUAUGGCCGAGGUACUUUCUUCCAGUUUCACUUCGCAGUCCGUCAUGGAUGUCCGACUUAAAGACCAGAUUAUUUUGGAUUUGCAAAACCAAAUAGCCGAAUUAAAUAGAGACUGUUUACAGUAUCAAAGGGAUGCAGAAAAUUCAAAUGAAAAAUUAAACUCUUGCAUGAACAGUAUUAAAACUUUUUGGAGUCCCGAAUUGAAAAAGGAAAGGGCUCAACGAAAGGAAGAGGUUUCUAAAUACCUUAACUUAAACGAGCAACUGAAAAUAACCCAGGCUGAAUUUCAGAGACAAAGUUCAUUGGGGAAAGAGCUGCAGUUACAGCUGGACCAGACACGACAGUCAGUAAGUAACCGGACGGUUAGUGAAGAGGAGAUGGAUAAUAUGAAAUAUGAACAGGACAAACAAAACAAAGAACUUGUUAUUUUACGGAAGACUGUGGAGGAAAUGGAAAUCAGAAUUGCCACCCAAAAACAGACCUUGGCUGCAAGGGAUGAAAGUAUAAAAAAAUUGUUAGAAAUGUUACAGAGCAAAGGACUUAUGGUGAAACAAAUUGAUGCUGACCGCGUAGAGAUGGAAACUUUACGUAACACCGCCUUAGAAGAGGAGACGAAGAGGAGACAACUGGAAUUAGUUUUAGAGGAAAAAGCCAAAGAACUUUCAAAGAAAAUAGACGAAAAUGGGAUCCUUUCUAAUCAACUCAAGAAUGCACAGUUCCAAAUGCAGUCAUUGCCUGCAAAUGCACAUACAAUGCAAGCUAUGCUCGAAGCCAAAGAUUCUCGUAUUUCUGCCUUGGAAAAGGAUAUUCAACUUCUUGAAGACAAGCUGUUGACCUUACAAGAAGAUAUUUCAAUUGGAGACAGAUCAAUGAAGCAUAGUAAUUUGUUGGGCAGCAAGGAAAUGAAAAAUAGUCCAGACAUCCGUACUUUAAAAACGCAGGUUGACCGCUUGCAUGAAACCUUAGGCUGCAAGGAAACUGAGCUCUGUGGACUGCGUUUACAGUUGGACACUUCAGAGAAGCAGUAUUCAGAGCAACAAGAGUACGCAUUGGUACUCAAGGAGCAGAUUGUUGCCAGGGAUCAUCAGAUCAGUAACAUCACAUCAGAGAUCGAUGAGCUUCGAAGUCGAAUUAAAGAUAAAGAUUUAACGAUUGAGAAAAAGAGUAAACAGGUACAUUCUGCUCAGAGAGAGAGGAAGAAAUCUGAGGCCGACGCUAUAGAUUUAAGAGACAGUCUUGAUAUUAAAGAACGGAAAAUCAACGUCUUGCAGAGAAAAAUACAAACCCUUGAGGAUGAACUUCAAGCCAAGGAACUUCAGUUGAAAACUAGUCAAGCCCGUUUGGCAUCUGCUGCAUCUGAUUCUGAUGACAAAGCCUUAAGCUCUCUAGAAGAAUCACUGGCUGAGAAAGAUCGGCUCGUUAACAGGUUGCGAGAGCAGCGAGAACGCAUAGAGAAAGAAUUUGCAGAUGAAAUCAAUCUUCUCAGGGAACAAAACGAGGAUUAUAAGAAGCAGAUUGAUCACCUGAACACUGAAAUUAACGAUAAACAGACACAGAUGUGUGAGUUGAGAGAAGAAGCUUCUGAACUUCGUUCAAAGAAAAUCAUGUCUGAGUCUAUGGUUAAUCAGCUAAAGAUGGAGAUGUCUGACACUUCGAAAGAGAGAGAGAUUGAAAAACUUACCAAAGAUCUUGAAAAGAUGAAAGAAGAACGUAACCAUCGCAACAGUGCUUCCAGCUCUCUGAAUAGUAAAGACUUUAAUGGUGUUGAUAGUUACCAUGAAACAACCCUGGAAGGACAGUCGAGACUGAAAGAGAUGGAAGUAGCAUUAGAGGAAGCUAAUAAGGAAAAGGCCCAGAAGGAUGUACAAAUGAAAGAACUACAAGACCAAAUCAAAGAAUAUAAACAGAAGAUGGGAACAUUGAAACGGAAUCAGCAAACAGAGAAGAAGAAGAAUGCGCAGAUGCUGGAAGAGGCUAGAAAACGAGAAGUACUAAUGGAUGGAGAUGCAUCUCAAUUGAAGAAUGCCAUAAAACACAUGGAUGAUCGUGUGGAAGAACUAGAGGAAGCUCUGCGAGAGAGUGUAACAAUAACAGCCGAACGAGAAAUGGUCAUGGCAGAGCAAGAAAGCAAGAUCCAACAAACAGAAGCAAAAGUCUAUGAACUGACUGCUGAAUUAGAGAAGAUGAAAUCCAUUCAAAGUGACCACAUUGCCAAGGUUGGAGCUCUGACACGUCAGCUGGAGGAGAAGGAUGCCAAAUUACGCCGUCUUGUUUCUGAAAGACACAAACAGUUAGAAGAAGUCUAUGAAAUGAAACAAGAAGCCAUCCAAGCUACAAUCAGUGAGAAAGACGCUAACAUUGCCUUACUUGAAAUGACCAGUACAAAAAAGCAACGGCAUGUCGAAGACAUCACAAGACUUGAAAAAGAGAAGGAAAAACUAGCACAACAACUUAAGGAAUUGACUGAAACUCGUAUGCGUCUCCUACAGAAGAAGAAAGAACCCUCAACCACUGGAAGCCAGAAGUCUCUUGUACACCGUAUGAAAGGUGCCACAGAUGAACAGGUGAUAAGAGCAGUUCGGAAAAUAGAACACAGCAAGAAACGCCUACGUACAUUGAUUGAUCAGUUAUUGGCUGCUGUUCUGGAUACAGAUCCACAGUUGCUUGAGGGAUUACCACGGAUACAGCAAGGACCGAGUGUGAGUGUCGCCACCCUGAGGACGCUAAGCAGUGAAGAGGUUCGACUGGAACUGCAUAAAAGUGACCGAGACUGCCAGAAAUUACAAGAUUAUGCCAAUAUCUUACUACAGAGAGUAGGAGCUUCCUACCCAGAAUUAUUAGACAAUUUUGUUUCCAUGAUGGAAUCAUCUGAUACGGAGAGUUGUCAAAGCACGUGACACAUGCAUGCACACACACAUGCACACACAUGCUCAAACACAAGGCAUGCAUACGUACAAAUACGUACAUGUACAUACACACAAAUACACACCCACAAACCUCUUACAGCCCUCCCCCUCCACACAGUUAUUAUUAUUAUCAUAUAGUGUGAUUGUUGGGGAAGGGGAUGCUCUCUAUCUUUGUUUUUCUCCCUCUCCCCUCUCUCUCUUUAUCUCCCCCUCUCUCAUUUCUCUCCCUCCCCCAUGUGUUAGCUGGGUGAAAGGUUGUGCUACCUCAGUCCUUAACAAGGGACAUUGAGAUGGAUCCUGCAUUCACAUUUUAAUAGGUCUUUCUUUUUUCUUUACAGUGAAGCUGAGUAUAUAUGUUUGAAAGUAUGUAUAUAUGUAUAUUUGUAUAUUUACAUUUAUAUGUGUGUGUGUAUAUGUAUAUUUAUAUAUGUAUGUAUGUAUGUAUGAAUGUAUGCAGAGCUUUCAAUUGGUAGCACUUGCAUGUGCAAGUUGUUUACAAAACAUCAAAGUAUAUACGGAUAUAUAUUUAAAUAUUCAUACAUACAUAUAAUAAUAAUAAUGUUCAUCCGUUGUGGACGAUGACCAGAGACAUCACAUGGGAGAAGAAGGUGGGACACGUCUGGUUGUGGCUGAUCAGGUCAAUGUAAGCUCAGAAGGUUCUGCUGCAAGUCAGGCAUUGGUAAUUUGCUGCGAAUUAAGGCAAGGAGUUGGCUCUGGACUUGCACAGCUCAUGUUUCCUUUGAGCUCUUGCAAUCCUGCACCUCUGUUUGCAUAGCUACGCCAGACACAGUAGUCCUGUGCUUGCAUUUCUCAGGUGUCAGGAUUGAUCUGAAAGCACUUCAGUGAGGCUUUGAGUGUAUCUUUGAAGCAUUUUUUCUGCCCAAUACAUCAUAAAUCAGAAGAACUUAAAUAAAUUUAAACAUUAUAAGGCCUCACUGUAGGUUACAUAUGAAUGUAAACACAUUCUUUCCAUAUUAAUGUUGUGUAGAAAAAAAAAAAAAAGGGAGGGAGUCUCAUGACAGAUAAUUUCAUAGUUCACUGAUUGCUCCUCAGAGAAGAUAUACCUAGCAUUUUCCCCUCCAAUCAGUAGCAUAGAUCAGCUACUUAUAAAGCAGUCAUGAGUUAGGCUGACAUCUUGGGGGACAGCCUAAUUUGCAUAUUUGUGUUUGGAUGGGAUGUCAUUAAUAAAACAACACCUGUUUAUAUGUAAUCUGUAUGUAUAAAAGGCAAGAUGUGUGUGUGUGUACUUGAAUGUAAUUUAUGCACGUCCACAAAUUAGCAUGCAUGUUGCUCCAACUUUAGGAGGACAAUCGUCAUUACCCUAGCUGUAUUUUCGUCAACUUAUUUUGCCCCAGAAGAACCAGCAAAUAGCAGUAAAAAUAAAUUUUCAACCAAAACUUAACAAUUUUCAAGUCAGAGAAAUCACAAUUGUUUACAAACAGGAGUUAAGUCCCUUUCUAGCGACGAGUAAGUUUUUGUUAAGACUUUUGUUGUUUUUUUCCCACCAAGGAAAAAAGUGUUUUGUUGAUAUAUGGACAACACACACACACAUACGAAUAUGUAUGCG